AUGGCGCCGAGAGACCUGGGUGUGUUCAUACGAAAGUCAUUGAAAGUGAACAUGCAGCCUUCUCCAACGGACCCUGCUGAGGCUGGGCUGGGGCUGGUGGCCCUGAUGACCUGGGAGCGGGGUGUUUGCGAUCGGCGAGGCAUGACCGCUUGGGCUGUGGGUAUUUUAGUAUUCACAUGCAUUUUGACUGUGAGAGCAUUCUACUCAUCAACUAAUGUGAUAAAGUUAACUUCAAUAAAUUUUAACUCUCAAGUUAUUCAGAGUGAUAAACUGUGGCUAGUAGAAUUUUAUGUCCAUUGGUGUGAACAUUGUGAACGGUUUGUUCCAGAGUGGAUUAAAGUAGCUCUUGCUCUGAAGGGUAUUGUUAAAGUUGGUGCAAUAGAUGUGACUAAAUAUGCAUCUAUAGGACAUCAAUAUGAAAUUGAAGAAUUUCCCACCAUCAAGUUCUUUGGAGUUAAUAAGAACAAGCCAGAAAAGUAUUAUGGUGGAAGGUCAAGUGCAGCCAUUACCAAUGGAGUCCUUAAUUCUAUUCGGUUCAUUGUAAGGGAGAGACUAAUCGAAAAAAGCAGCAUAUGUGGAUCUGAAGGACAGCAAAUGGUCAGUGAAGAAAUAUUAAAGACUGUCUGUGGUCUCCGGGUAUUAUGUAUUAUUGCCGUACUGCCUCACAUUUCUGACACAGGGAAUAGUGGCAGAAGUGAUUAUCUGGGUCUACUGAUGAAAAUAGCACACAAGUACAAGAAGAAAAAAUGGGGCUGGCUGUGGACAGAAUCUGGGGCUCAGCCAAAGUUGGAAAGUGCAUUGGGUAUCGGCGGCCUUGCAUAUCCUAACAUAAUAGCUAUUGAUCCAAGAAGGAAAAAAUAUAUGUUCUUGAAAGGGUCAUUCAGUGAACGUGGAAUAGCUGAAUUCUUUAGGUAAUAAUUUAAACCUAAGCCUAAAACUAUCAAGUAAGUUUUUGGGUUUUAAUCACAGUUAUGUGCAGUUUUGA